AUGGGGUGGUGCCAUAGAAGCGCGGAGCUUCUACUAGUCUACGAGUUCAUGCCCAACGGGAGCUUGGACUAUCAUUUGUUCAAAAACGAAUCAUCCGUCCUUACAUUGGUAGCUUCUGCAAUUCUGUACCUCCACGAAGACCAGUCAAGGAAAUACGUGGUCCACAGGGAUGUCAAAGCGAGCAACGUGAUGCUCGAUCACAACUUCAACGCGAAGCUAGGGGACUUUGGAUUAGCCCGCCUCGUUGAUCACGAUAAAGACCUCCAUUCCACCCUUCCUGCAGGGACCAUCGGGUACAUUGCGCCCGAGUACUCGGCCACGGGCAAGGCGAGCAAGGAGACGGACAUCUUCAGCUUCGGGAUCGUGUUGCUCGAAACAGCCUGUGGGAGGAAGCCGGUGGAUCACAGGCUCCCCGGAGAAAAAGUGUUGUUGAUGGAGUGGGUGUGGGGCCUGUACGAGUCCGGGAAGGUGCUCGAUACAGCGGAUCCGAGGCUUUGCUUUUCGAGACUUGAGGUGCAGAAGAUAGUGCGGUUGAUGGUGGUGGGGUUGUGGUGUGUGCAUCCGCUGAGCGGGAGGAGGCCGACGAUAAGGCAGGUGGUGCGGGCGUUUACGUCCGAGGAUCCGCUGCCGAACCUGCCUCUAGCAAUGCCGAAGGCUGUUUAUGAUGAUAACGCUGCUUCGGCAUCCGCAUCGGCAUUGGCAUCGGCAUCUCAAGUAGCUACCACGAAUUCGAGUAGUCAUGUGGUUAUCAGCGGUUCUUCGAGUUUAACCAUAUCUUCUGGAGGUUUUGCCUCCGAUUUGUUGCCCAGUUAG